UCCGGUGUGGCGCCGGGGAGGGAGCGAGGCAGCGGCAAGAUGGCGGCGGCGGCGGUGCUGGAGUUCCAGCGCGCGCAGUCCUUGCUCUCCACCGACCGCGAGGCCUCCAUCGGCAUCCUGCACUCCAUCGUGAAACGUGAUGUGCAGGAGAAUGAUGAAGAAGCUGUGCAGGUCAAAGAGCAGAGCAUCCUGGAGCUGGGGCUGCUCCUGGCCAAGACUGGCCAGGCAGAAGAGCUGGGAGGGCUCCUGAAGUACAUCCGUCCCUUCCUGAACUCCAUCAGCAAAGCCAAGGCCGCCCGCCUGGUUCGCUUCCUGCUCGACCUCUUCCUCGACAUGGAGGCAGCAACAGGACAGGAGGUUGGCCUGUGUUUAGAGUGUAUUGAAUGGGCCAAAUCAGAGAAGAGGACUUUCCUACGCCAGGCUCUGGAGGCGAGGCUGGUCUCCCUGUACUUUGAUACCAAGAGGUACCAGGAGGCGCUGCAGCUGGGCUCCCAGCUCCUGAGGGAAUUGAAAAAGAUGGAUGACAAGGCACUGCUGGUGGAGGUGCAGCUCUUAGAGAGUAAAACUUACCAUGCCCUGAGCAACCUGCCAAAAGCAAGAGCAGCCUUAACCUCUGCACGGACCACGGCCAACGCCAUCUACUGCCCCCCGAAGCUGCAGGCAGCGCUGGACAUGCAGUCAGGUAUCAUCCACGCAGCAGAGGAGAAGGACUGGAAAACAGCCUACUCGUACUUUUACGAGGCGUUUGAGGGCUACGACUCGAUUGACAACCCCAAAGCCAUCACUGCACUCAAAUACAUGCUGCUCUGCAAGAUCAUGCUCAACAUCCCAGAAGACGUGCAGGCAUUAGUGAGUGGGAAGCUCGCUCUGCGGUACGCGGGAAGACAGACAGAAGCCCUGAAGUGUGUGGCACAGGCCAGCAAGAACCGGUCGCUGGCUGAUUUUGAGAAGGCUCUGACAGACUAUAAGGUGGAGCUCAGGGACGACCCCAUCAUAAACACUCACUUGGCGAAGCUCUAUGAUAACUUAUUGGAACAGAACCUGAUCAGAGUCAUCGAGCCCUUCUCCAGAGUACAGAUCGAACACAUAUCCAGCCUCAUCAAGCUCUCAAAGGCUGAGGUAGAAAGAAAACUGUCCCAGAUGAUCUUGGACAAGAAGUUCCACGGAAUCCUCGACCAGGGCGAGGGCGUCCUCAUCAUCUUCGACGAGCCCCCCGUAGACAAAACCUACGAAGCCGCCCUCGAGACCAUCCAGAACAUGAGCAAAGUAGUGGAUUCUCUCUACAACAAAGCCAAGAAGUUGACAUAGAGGUGAAUUUGCUAGCUGUCAUUUGGAGAGUGUGUGUGACAGGAGAGUGAAACCUUUGGGAAAUUGUUAGGAGACUUUUUUUUCCCCCCUCUCUUUUAUUUUUCCCCCUUCUCUUUGUUCUACUUUUCGCUCGGAAAGUUUUUAACCGCAUCCUGUCUCCAUCGCUGCGUGUUCCAGGCCCUGCAACCUCCACUGGCCCAACUUUGUACCCAGGGAGCGGGGUGGGGGGUGGGGGGGAUGUUGUUUAAACAAAGAGGGUAUUCUAAAUAAAAGGAAAAAGGCUCACACUACCUAACCAUGUGCUUUCCACUUCCUGAGGGACGGCAGAGACUUCAGCAGGGAUGGUUUUGUUACCAGUAGGUGCUCAAAACCAGGCCUGUUUCUCCCUCUGCUCUGGAACCCGAGACUUAACGAUGUCUCAGCAGCCAAGUUGAUUCCAUUUGUACUGACCCACAACCCUCCCCCCAAAUGCACAGAGCCCUGCUUUGUUUUCCAGCCCCCAGGCCCGGGCUCCCCAGGAGCAGCCGCGUGCUGCAGCGGUGCCUGUGCCUCCCGCAGCCGCUGGGCCGAGGGGACGGUGCAGCUCUCGGGGGGGCUGCAGUGCAUGCUCUUCUUUCCAAAACUAGACUAGAUUGGAGAUGUUUUUUGUCCCUCCCCACCACCUGCAUUAGUAGGAAGAGCAGGCAAGCGGGCAGCCCAGCCCUGAGCCCACCCUGCCCCGGCUGCCUGUCAGACUGUCACUCUUGCCCUCUGCUGCAUCACUGCUGCUGCUUUUUCUUUACCCUCCAUCGCUGGGAGCCAGCUCAGCCCCACUGGAGCCAGCUCAGCCCCUCUGGAGCCAGCUCAGCCCCACUGGAGCCAGCUCAGCCCCUCUGGAGCCAGCUCAGCCCCACUGGAGCCAGCUCAGCCCCUCUGGAGCCAGCUCAGCCCCACUGGAGCCAGCUCAGCCCCUCAGGAGCCAGCUCAGCCCCACUGGAGCCAGCUCAGCCCCUCUGGAGCCAGCUCAGCCCCACUGGAGCCACCCCACGCAGCCCUGGCUGGGGGCUGGUGCCCAUCCCAGCCGUGGCACCGCCAAGGUUGUGAUGCCGUGUGGGCAGUGUAAGCUCCUGCCCCCCUCUCCUGCCAGUCCUUCCUUCCCCUUUCCCUCCUGUCUCUCCUUCCCUCGCCACCUUUUCUUUGUUACAAGAUGUCUAUUUUGUACAAGGGUUCUGUUUGUCAGGAAGCCUUCUGUUCUGCCUGCAGCCCGGGCUCAGCCUGGCUGCCCUUUCUGCUCUGUUGCCGUUGUCACCUCGCUGCCGUUUCGCUUUCAGUUGACAGUUCCCAUCUCACCCCGUCGCUCGCUCUUUGGGUUCUUUGGCACCAUCAAUAUCAAAUGUACAAACGGUUCUUGCUGACCAACACCAGUAUAUCUGAUGUUCAGAUGAGUUCCAAUAAAAGAAGUUUUUUUUCAAA